UCUCUUGACGAAGAAAGAGUUAAGAACUUAAAUUAAUAAUUUUAUAAAUCGUAAUACGCAUAAUUUUAAAUAAAUAUAAAAAUAUUUGUAUUAAUUUCAAUUGUCAAUAUGGCACGAAAAACUGAUAAUGUUCGAGGCAUCAAUGUCGCCGUUGUUGGACUCUCUGGGACUGAAAAAGACAAGGGGCAAUUAGGAGUCGGAAAAUCUUGUCUCUGCAAUCGAUUUAUGCGAUCACUUAGCGACGACUACAGUGUUGAUCAUAUAUCGGUAUUGUCGCAGUCGGAUUUCAGCGGUCGAGUUGUUAACAACGAUCAUUUUCUAUACUGGGGCGAGGUUGUCAAGUCCUCCGAAGACGGCACAGAUUUUCAGUUCCAAGUUAUUGAGCACACGGAAUUUAUCGACGACGCGUCAUUCCAGCCGUUCAAAGGUGGGAAGAUGGAGCCUUACGCUAAACGGUGCGCGGCCACAAAGAUAACCAGUGCCGAAAAGCUGAUGUAUAUAUGUAAGAAUCAGCUCGGCAUAGAGAAAGAAUACGAGCAGAAAGUGUUGCCGGAUGGAAAGCUUAACAUCGAUGGAUUUAUAUGUGUAUUCGACGUUAGCGUCGUGCCUCACAGGUCGAUAGAAAAGCAGGUGGAAAUCGUUGCGAAUAUAUUGAACAAUUUGGUGAAGACAAAGAAGCCUGUGGUGUUGGUAACUACUAAAAAUGACGACGCUAACGAACAAUACGUUAAGGAAGCAGAGAAGCUGGUAACGAGGAAAGAGUACAAAGGUGGAAUUCUUAUAGUUGAAACUUCGGCGCACGAAAAUAUAAACAUUGAACUUUCUUUUAUGAUACUGGCACAACUUAUCGACAAAACUAAAAUGCGCAGCAAAGUUAUUCCCUUUGCCGAAGCCGCUAGAGCCAGAAAAGAGCUCCUCGACGCAUCUACAGAAUCUCUGCAGAGACUAAUACGAAUUCACGUUACCGAUUACCGUGCCCUCUGGUCUCAGGCAUCUAAGAAAUUAUCUCAACACAAGGAAUUCGUUGCUUUCGUACAACUCUUUGGCAUCGACGCUACUCAAAGGCUGUUCAGGCGGCAUAUUAAGAAAUUGAAAGACGAACAAAUGGCCAAGAAAAUUCAAGGCUAUUUGGAUAUGUUACCGGAUGUACUUCACGAAAUUUGUCCAGAUAUUGCAAAUCUGAUUAACGAAGAGUGGUCAACCGUUCAACAAUUCAUAAAAGAGCAUCCAGAUUUUCAUCAGUAUUUCUACGAAUGUCCCGAAGAUAUACCGUGGAUAGAUUAUGAUUUUGGUGAAAACAACGGCUCUAAGAUACCCUACGACGUUUUAGAGACGCCGGAGGCUGAGACUGUGUUUAAAAAUCACGUCAACGCUCUUCAACAAGAGCAAAAACGCUUGGAACUUCCGAAAAGAUGGAAGAAACAGUUCAAACAGCUACUUGAAGAAACUGGGUACGUUACACCGGGCAAACACUUGUCGGAAGUCAGAGUUUUGUUCAUGGGUAGAGAAUGUUUCGAGGCAUUGUCUCACGUCGAUUGCCAAGAAAUUUAUGAUCAGCAUCAGAAAGAAAUUAUCGAAAAGGCAAAGCACAAUUUUCAGGAGCUGCUUCUUGAACACGCAGAUCUUUUUUAUCAUUUCAAAAGUAUAGCACCGUCUGGAACAAUUACUCAGGAUGAUAUAAAGGAAAUAACCGAUGCCCUAGUCGAUGAUUUUAGGUAUAAGGCUUUGGAUAGGCUAGAUCAAGACAGAAAAUUAAUGUUGUUUCAACAUCUGGGUUUCGUCCACUGUCCGAUCAGAGAACACUGUCCGGCGUUUCCAAAUUGUAUGGAUGCUUUGAUCGAGCGUAUUUUAGGAACAAAAGCGCACAGGCCAUCUUCUUGGAACCACAGUAGUCAAUGGCAGCUAACUUCCGAUAAUAAUCAAUUGAAUUUGGUUAUCUUGGGGUGUAACGGACUGGGCGAAGAAUUUGCAUGCGAAAUAAAAGCCCAGACUGAAGACGACGAGGUUGAAAUUGACAUGCAAAUAUACACUCUCGGUUAUAGAGUUAUCGAGGGUGAUGUCGGUCUUCCUCACAAUUCCUUCACGACCUCAGAUUUCAUGCCUCACGGAUCAUUUUGUAUCUACUCAAACGAGGAAUCCUUCGAAUACAUUCGAUCUUCUCUUGAAAAGACUUUAUUGUCCAACUUGGAACAGGAAGACAGGCUUCCCUUUCAAGGUCUCCCUAUUGUUAUCAUGUUUGUAGCAGAUGCCUGUAUCGACGAAAUGGAAGCCUUGAGGCUUCGCGAGGAAGGACAGAAUUUAGCUGACAGCUUACAAUGUCCAUUCAUCGAUGUAUGCGUCGAAGAAUUGGAACAGAACAAAAGGUUUCCCGCCGCGCUGGUCAAAGACGCCCUGCAGCAGUUGAUACAAUCUAUAAAUCAUCGAGCAGGAUUUCUGAACAUAUAUCAAAGCGUAAUCGAGUGCUUAGAGCCGGACAUAAGAAUAAUAAUGUGCAUGUUUUGCGGAGAUCCGUACUCAGUGGAAAAUGUUCUCGGCCCGUUACUUAGUCAUCAAUGCUGCUUCUUGAGCGGCGAUCGCUCCAUCGUGUUGGAGACAUUUUUGGGCGAAUCUAAAAGACGCGUCGCUGUUAUUAUAUCUAGCUUUCACGGAGCUAACGCUUUCAGAGACGAACUAGUUCACGGCUUUAUACUUGUCUAUUCGACGAAAAGGAAAGCCUCUCUUGCUACGCUAAAUGCAUUCUCAAUGAACAUUCCAAAUCUGCCGAUCCAAAUAAUGGCUGUGACGGACACUGGCGGAGCAAAUGCUUUCUUCAAUUCAGAUCUGAGUCAUUUAUUGAUAACUGAAGGUAACGCGACUGCCGAUAGACUGCAGGCGCAUUUCAUGACUUCUGCUUCGAGUUGUCAACAAAAAACCGCUUUCUACACUCCGUUCUUCAAGGAGGUUUGGGAAAAAAAACCGGAGAUUGAGCAGGCCUUCAACAUGGAGGAACCCGGCAAUUUAAACGACAGUGGCGAAGGAACGCUGGAAUACUCCGCUCUGCAUCCAAUGCCACCACCUAGGCAUGAAAGUUAUCACCUCCAGACGCCCGACGACGGUAUGUCUGUUACUUUUAGGAGCGGGUCUGAAUCUUACGAGCAACUUACACCCGACGGUGAUCUUGGGGAGUCGGGGCUUAUUGAGCAUUUCCACGAUAACAGAGCGACACCGAGCGACGACAGCGAUAUUUACAGCCACGUUGAUUUUCAUCGAGAGGAUGCGGACAGGGAACUGUUAAUAAAAGGCGCAGACGUGACCAGCAAAUUAACUGGGUGGAUGAAAGAGACGUUUAUGCCUCAAGACGGGGGAAUAAACAGAUAUUCUCAUCGGGCGUUUACAACCGGUCGUCGUAAUAUAUCUCAAACAAAACCUCGGCCGAAGGGAAAUAGUCAGACGUUGAAACAACCUGGGAAAAUAAAUUUAAAAGACUUUUCAAACGUCACGGAUGUCAUUGGAAGGAUGAAGAUAGGUGAAAAAGACGAACACGGCUCAAAAAUUAAUUUGGGUCACGCGCCGUUAGCUACACCUGAAUUAGUUGAUCUCGGUUCAGAAUACGCACAAGUUAAAGACGUCGUUCCAAAUUUGUACACGCCUUACGAGGGUGAUUACAUGUACACCCUAGUUCACGAUCCCCUUGGCAACAAUAAAUCGAAAUUACGACAUCGGCGAGAAAAAGGACAGCCAUCGUUCAGCGAGUCUGACUCGGAUUCGAGUUCUCCAGAGCGGCAAAGGCCAAUGGAAUUCUUAGGUAAAGGUAACAAAAAAUCAUUGACGCACAAACGAAUACGCAAAAAACGUACAGCUAUACCUGUAGCUACCCCAAAAGUUCCGUUAUUGUCAAGUUUGGGAGGCGGUGAAGGCAUAACGCGACUCAAUUAUACGAUUAAAGAGGACAAAAAUUGGCGACAUGAUACCAUGGAGAGAGUUUCCAGUGAAACUCCUGACAGCUCGGAGUCCAGUGAGCCUGAUCAUCUGUCCGGGCCACGAAUUAAACUGCGCAAAUCGGCUGUGCAGAAUUUGAGAAAGCGAUUUGGUAAUCUUUCGGCACAACAAGAGUAUUCAUCCACCAUGUUACAGCACCACCUGAACACUAAGCACAUGUCUCAAGAGGCUCUUGGUGCACCUUAUAAACCGAGGAUGGAUAAUGCUUACGGCAACAUGCCUGACGACGAGUCUAGCCUGGAAGUUUCUUCCCCGAGGGAAAUAAAUUCUCCAAGUUUCAGCAUAUUGAUCAAAUGUAAGGACGGCGAUAAAUUGGCGAGAAAAAAAGACAAACAAAAGGCCAAAGAGGAUGAAAAAUUGGAGAAGAGAAGACAGAAGGAGGAGAAGCUGAAAAGGAACGCGGAGAAGGAAAAGGAGCGGGAGAAAAAGAAACAGCAAAAACAAAAGAACACAAAGGGCGGAAACGCUGGUACGAUAUCUGGUCAAUCUCAGCAACAGCUUCUCAUCGAGGACUUUGCACAAAGCGAGACGAAUCGGAUUCCACUUUUCCUUGAAAAAUGCGUACAGUUCAUCGAAGACGAAGGGUUGGACUCUGAGGGUAUCUAUAGAGUGCCAGGCAACAGAGCACACGUUGAACUUUUAUUCCAGAAAUUUGAGGAAGAUGGCAACAUAGACAUUCAUUCCCUCGAUAUUCCGGUAAACGCAGUUGCCACCGCUCUUAAAGAUUUCUUUUCAAAGAGGCUACCACCUCUUAUUGACAAGGAACGAAUGAGCGAGCUUGAGGACAUUUCUGGGGCACGUGCGAUCAGUAAACCAAUGUCAGCUACUUGCAUGAACAUGGAAGAUCGUAGCGGAAGACUGCUCGCUUUGAGACACAUGCUUAAAAAAUUGAAUCCGAUAAAUUUUGACGUUCUGAAAUACAUUUUUCAGCAUUUUGUAAAGGUAGCUGAGAAUUGCAAAUCGAAUAGCAUGGAUAGUAAAAAUUUAGCUAUUUGUUGGUGGCCGACUUUAUUACCAAUUGAAUUCAACGACAUGGGAAGGUUCGAGGCGAUGAGGCCGUUCCUAGAAGACGUAGUUCAGACAAUGAUCGACCAAUAUCCGUUCCUCUUUUGUGGGAAAGAAGCUAUCGUAAUGGUUUAGUGACCGUGAUUAACUGAUAAGUAACAAUAAUGCUAAUAAUUAUGAUGAUAAUAAUAAUAAUAACGAUAACAACAACAAUAAUAAUAAUAAUAGUAAUAAUAAUAAUGAUAAUGAGAAUAAUAAUUGUCAAAAGCGCGAACGGAGUUUGCGCUAAAACGUAACAAAAGUCUAGUUUGUGUAUAAAGUAUUGUAAAAGUAUUGCUUUCGAAAUUGUUUGCAACAAAUUUAUAUACAUAUAACAAUUGAUGGCUUAGAUAUUGAGGUGUCUGUCGGUUACAAACAAUCUUUCAACAAAACGACUGUUUCAAUUCGCUUUGGUAGUGAUUCUUUUUUUAUUCCUGUUUUUUUUUUUUUUUUCUCCGCCAUUUAGUUACCUAUCUAUAGAAAAAUAAAGCAGAAGUUGAUAGAGAAGAAUACGGCUGUCCUGUCUGUACAAGCAUAACAAUUUUCUCUUUAUUCUAUUCUUUUCCUUGAAACGUUUAACGUCUCACCGCGCGCCGUGUAUCAUCGAGCUUUAACUGUAUAUUUAUUUUUACCUUCUUAUUUAUUUAUUUAUACAUUUAAGUAAGAAAACGUUGUUUUGUUUUUCACCGCUUCGCAGUUUUAAAGCUGAACUGAUCCACCCUGACACAAUGUUUAAACACUAUACGAAAGAUCAAAUUAAAAAGAUUUAUAAAUUCGAACUUCGUUACUGGUUUGUUUGUUUUUUUUUUUGUUUUUUUUUUUUGCACUCGGUAUGUCCGUUACAUCUGAUUUUCUCUUCUAUGUUCCCUCCCUUCAUACAUCACCUAAAGACUUUCUAGAUCGAGCUAGUCUACAAUAGACAAUGAAUUAAAAAUUAUUUUUCUUUAAUAUUCUCACUUUCCUACUAUUUGAUAAUAAUAAUAAAUAAUAAUAACAACAAUAAUAAUAAUAAUAAUACCCAGUAUCCGUUGUAUUUACGUGGCUACAUACAUACUAUAUACGUACAUACGUGAUCACUAGGCCGAAUACUAAAUAAGAUUUUAUACAUUCGUACGUUCGUAAUGGUAAUGAAUAGUUCGUAUUAUUGAUAAUAAUAAUAAUAUUAAUAAUACUAAUAAUAAUAGCGAUGAGAGAUGAUGAUGAUGAUAAUAAUAAUAGUUAUACUAAUAAUAACAAUAUUGAUAAUAGUAACGGCAAAACAGAAGAAUAGAAAAAAAAGGAAGCCCAUUUGACGACAGAUCAAUGGCAAAAGAAGAUUGAAAGAAACAACAACAAAAAAAUAAUAUAAAAAAUGAACGAAGUAAUAAAUAACUAAGUGAAACCCGCACAAUCCAACCAACAUUUUCAGCUUGAAUAUUUAAACACUUUUCAACAAUCUUCGAUGUCUAAAACGGUAUUAAUAAAAAAAUAAAUUUUAUCCGGAUUACGUACCACGUGUAAUAGAAUGCGUAGAGAAAUCUUUUACCAUAGACUAAGCAGUUAAACCUUAUUAUUUAUUCGAAUUUUUGUUCAAAACAAGAAUCUCUAACUCUAUACCAAUUAUUCUCUGUACGAACUGUUUGGUUUAUCAGGUAUUGCAGUUAUUCUUGCCGAACAUUUUUUUUUUUUUUUUUCUAUCAACGAUGUCACGAAUAUUUUUGACUGAAAAACAAAUAAAAACGAAAAUCAACAUCUUUUUCUUAGAGAGUUCACAUGACUUGAUAGAUAUAAUUGACAGUAGAUCGGUUUUUGUUUAAUUUCGGUUAUUACUAUUCUGUUUUUCAUCCCCUUAAAUCUCACCUCGUAGACUCGCAAUAUAUCAGUCAGCGUUUUAUGGGCUGGGGGAAAAAUUACAUCAAUGUUAUACGGUGUGGUUUUUUUUUUUUGUUAUUUCUUUGUUUUUUUUCACUUCGAUACACGAAAUAUUUUCUUUCUCACACAUGCAUUAUUUCAAUUUUUUUCCAAUCCGAUGCUCGUUAAAAAAGCGAUACAUAAUACUUAACAUGAUUCGAUUCGUUGAAAGAUUUGAAAGCGACGUUAGCCUCUAAAACGUUAUUUUAUAUAUAAUAUUACUUGCGAUGAUACGAUAUGUGCGCGCGAGUAUUGUGUGAUGAGAAUGUGAGGAGGUGGAUUUAGAGAGUUGUAAUUUUCUCAGAAGGAAAAAGAAGGAUGAAAAAUAGAAAAUCAUAGUAAUGGUAAUUCCACUUUCAAGAAUGAUAGAAAUGCGAAUUGGAUUUAUGUAUGUAUAAUGUAUGUAUUUAUGCGUAAGUAACGAGAAGAAAAGAAGACGGAAGAUGAACGGCGUUAAGAGAUGAAAAAACAGAAAUGAUGGUAUAAAAUGCAAAGCUUAAAAAUGAAGACGCAGGAAUUGAAGAAUACUAAAAAGCACAAUGUUUUUACGGAGCGAUCGAAAAUAAAUAUGAAUACAUAACAACUGAACAACUGUGGAAGAUGGAGGAGAUCUAUUUGACCCUCCCCUAUUUUGAAGAGAAGUGUAAUUGUAUCGAUCAAGGAAAACAAAUGCGAUUAUUACAAUAAAUUAAAAGUCUUAAAUGUAAUUUGUGCUAAUCUUACGAUUAAUAGUCAUAAUAAUUAAUUAUAGGAAAGAGUGUGUCUCCGGCUAAAGAGAAAAUGGAAGGAAAAAGAAAAACAAAGAAAAAUAAUAUUUGUAACUAUAUGCUUUUUAAUGUGUAUAUAUUGUUGCUGCUGCUAGUGCUAUUGCUGCUGCUGCUGCUGCCGCUUACGUUCGGCCAUCAUGUAUAUUUGGCUACGGAUACAUAUUAGAAUAUCAUUGUCGUUACUAUUAUCAUCAUCAUUAUUAUUAUUAUUAUUGUUAUUAUUAUUAUUAUUAUCGUUAUUAUUAUUAAUAAUAAUAUGUAUAAUUAUUUUUUACUAGAUCACUGUCGCGUUUGUUUUAUUUUAUUUUUCUAUUAUUAAAACUUGAGGAAGUUUGAGUAUAACGCGAGUCGUUUCUCGAUGUCUAACUCUUUAUAUUUAUAUAACUUUCUAAGUCUGUCUCUGUCUUUCUCAAUGCUUAACUGUGUAUUUUGUAAGAAUCUAGAAGCAUAAAACAGAAUUAAUAAUAUAAUGUUGAGAAAAAAAAGUAGUUCCAUAAGAAAAUCAAAAAAACAUGAUUUCCAAACGGUGCGUCAUUUCAGAUAUUGGGCUAAUGGCAAUUGAUUGGGAAGAGCUGGAGUAAGUGUCUCGGGCAUCCCUAAUUAUUUUCUAUUUCUUGAUGAAAUCACCACUAUAAUUAUUGCCAUAACAAUGUGUGGACAGAAUUUAUGACAUCAAAAUUUCUCAAUGUUGUCGUUAACAGUGUUUGCAUAUUUUGCUAUUUAUUUAUUUUUCUUAUUUAUUUUAUAUAUUCUAAAGAAUUAAUCAUGCCGAUUUCAGCGGAAAUAGGAGUAUGUAUGUAUCUACCCACAUACGAGUAAAUAAAUCAAGAUGAAUUAUCGAAAGUGAAAAGAUAUAUUUCGACGAAUAUGUUGAAAGACUGAUGAUCCUUGGAUGAAAAUCGUUGGCGUGAAGUAACGCAGAUCAGCUGCAAACUUGGUUUAAGUUGUGAAAAAAAUGUUUGUUGAAUAUUUUUGACAUGCGAAGUGAAACGGUGCCACGGAAAAUCAACAUGGCCGACAUUGGCACGCUUGCGAUUUCAUUUCGGCUAUAUUAUUAUUCACAGCUCUCGUCAGUAAUCGAACGCUACUUCACGCCGAACAAUAUUAUGGCAAGAAUAGUUUCGUUAUGAUCUCAUCCUCCAUGAAUGCACAAAAAUCGGCUAUUCGGCUUGCGAUAUUUACUCGUGCUCAGUUUCAAUACUUGCACACUUACAGACACUCAUAUAUUUUAACGGAACAGUAUUUCUUCUUUGCGGAUCAAAUACAACUUGCAUCGUUUUAAGAAUUCCGGUGAAACGAGGCAAAAAAUAUCCACUAUACUCAUACUCGAGAGAAACGAAUUGUGAAUUCUCGAUUUAUUAGUAAGCGGCCUCUAACGUCGAUACCAUAAACCUGAACGAAGGUACAUUCCAAUUUCUUUAUUUAAUCCAAUGUAGUAACCGUAACCGUGAUCGAAAAAAAUUCCUUAGAAGCAAAUAACGAACGUGAAAGUAGGUUCAAAUGGCCAAAUAAAUCGAGUGCGGUAUAAUUUAACUUUUUAUUUUUGCUAUCCAUCUACUUCUUGGGAUUUUCAAAAAUGUAUUUGAGAAAACAGAACUACCAAGUUAAAUUAUAUCAUUUGCGUGAUGAAAAAAAUGGAAAACUGUUUUAAAAAAAUUAUGUGUAUUGUUCAACGUUGGCUGAGUGUUUGUGGAUAAAAAAAAUUUCAUAUAAUACAUACGUAACUCCGCUUUCUUUAGCACUGUGAUUAAUAGUAUUAAUAGUAUUGUCAUUACUGUCGUUAUCAUUUGCAUCGUCAUCGUCAUUAUCAUUUUCACAAUCAUUGUCGCUAAUUUAUCCUAUAGCAUUGUUUGUAUUUAUAAUAAUGAAAAUAUUCGAAUUGUAUUCGAUUUAUUACGUCGAACGGAGAAACAGAGAGAGAGAGAGAGAUAAAGGAAUUGUAACAAAUCGUAACCGUAACGUAUUUAUAAAAUGGCAUCGUACGCAUCACGCUUACUUACUUCCCGUUUUAUAAUAACCACAACAAAACAAUAAUAAUGGUAAUAACAAUGAUUAAAAAAAAGAAAACAGAAAAAAAAACAGUAAUGAUAAUAAUAAUAGUGAUUAUAUGAGCUCGUUCGAAUGCGAAGAGAGCAGGAGAAAACGAAUGCAUAGCGCCUAAAUGAAGUGUAACGAAGAGAAGAGUGGCUGAAAUGGGGAAAAAAUAAGAAAACACUAAAUAUCGGUGUCCAAGAAGUAUUUAAAAUAAACAUCGUCUUUAUAUGUACAAUUUGAA